AGCACUCGUGCAGUCUGGGUUGGGUCUGCCUUGCUCACUGCUUGUUGGAAGUGUUCUCUGGCUACAUGGUGCAGUGGUAACCUGGGCAUUUCUCAUCUCUUUUCUCCUGCUUUGUGCACAAGGAGAGCCCAUGUCUUUCUUAUAGACAUGAUGAGCUUCAUGCAUUCAAGGAUUUGCCUUUUUCUGGUUGUCUCUGUGGCUCAGGUUUUGUUUGUGAAAUGCCAGGAUGGAAACAGUGGAGAUGACGCGGGCUGUACGGUUGACGGCCAGGUGUACACCAACCGAGACAUUUGGAAACCAGAGCCAUGUCGGAUCUGCGUGUGCGACAGCGGCUCCGUCCUGUGCGACGAGAUCCAGUGCGAUGAGCUGUCCAACUGUGAGAAGGUGACCAUCCCCGAGGGCGAGUGCUGUCCCAUCUGCCAGAACGAGGGCGGCUCAGACACCAGUGGCAACGGCAGACCCGAUGGUGGCAGAGUCUACAGGGGUCAGAAAGGAGAACCUGGAGAAGUACCACAGGUGACUGGGAUCAGAGGUCGUCCUGGGCCUAUGGGGCCUCCCGGAUCGCCAGGAUUCAGAGGGGACCGAGGACAGAAAGGAAGACCUGGGCUACGUGGACCAGCAGGAUAUGAUGGAGAGCCUGGUGUGCCUGGAAAUCCAGGAGAACCCGGACCUGCAGGAAACCAGGGUCCACCAGGGGGACUGGGAGCUCAGAUGGCUGGAGGCUUUGGGGAUGAGAAAUCGGCCGGCCAAACAGCCAUGGUGCCAGGAUCUAGGGGGGAGGCAGGAGCAAGAGGACCUCCUGGGCCAAAUGGAAACCCUGGUCAUGCUGGACCGCAAGGACCCCCUGGGGAAGUCGGUGAUCCAGGCCACAUGGGUCCACCUGGACAAAGGGGACCUGAAGGGCCACCGGGAAAGCCGGGUGAAGACGGAGAAGGAGGAAAAUCAGGAAAUUCGGGAGAGAUGGGAUUCCCUGGAUCAGCGGGUGCUCGAGGAUUUCCAGGGACACCUGGGCCUCCUGGAUUGAAAGGCCAUAGAGGUCACACAGGUCCAAUGGGUCUAAGAGGCGAAACUGGAACUGUAGGAUCCAAGGGUGCAUUAGGCCCCACUGGUCCGAUUGGCACACCUGGCCCUAUGGGCCCUAGAGGCAUGCCUGGGGAGAGAGGUCGCUUAGGAGCAAAUGGAGUACCGGGUAUGAAAGGUCCUCCUGGGAACAUUGGUAAAUCUGGUCCGACGGGUCCAUUAGGUAUCAAUGGUUCCCCAGGAUAUCCAGGAAUUCCAGGAAUGAAGGGCCAACCUGGUGCCACAGGAGCGCGGGGCCCCGAGGGGCAACAGGGACAGAGGGGCGAGACAGGACACCAAGGCAGGGCAGGAUCAACUGGCCAACAAGGUCCUUCAGGAACAGACGGGGGCCCAGGUACCAAGGGUCCAGUGGGCACUAUGGGUGUGCAGGGUCCCGGGGGUCACCUCGGCCCCCAUGGUCCACCCGGACCUCAGGGAAGCACUGGACAGCCUGGGAUCAAAGGUCAACUGGGAGAUGUUGGUGUACCUGGGUACAAAGGAGAGGCCGGACCCAAAGGAGAAUCUGGUCCCCCUGGUUCUCAAGGAAUAAUCGGGCCCCAGGGGGAGGAGGGAAAGAGAGGAACUCGUGGUGACUCUGGCCUACUAGGACCACCCGGUCCUCUUGGUGAGAGGGGGUCUCCUGGUAACAGAGGUUUCCCUGGUGCUGAUGGAUUACCUGGACCUAAGGGUGCUCAAGGAGAUCGUGGACCUUCUGGCAUAUCUGGGCCUAAAGGUUCCGGAGGGGAUCCCGGGCGCACUGGCGAGCCUGGCCUCCCAGGCGCACGGGGUCUGACUGGCACUCCAGGAGUCCAGGGAGCAGAGGGCAAACCAGGACCACUGGGUCCAGCAGGAGAAGAUGGCCGCCCAGGACCAGCAGGGUCGAUCGGAACAAGAGGUCCUGCAGGAACCAUGGGCACACCUGGACCAAAGGGCUUUAACGGAGACCCAGGGAAGACAGGCGAACAAGGAUCUCUGGGAGUGGCAGGACAAAGAGGUCCUCCUGGGAAAGAUGGGGAAGUUGGCCCUGCCGGUCCCACUGGCCCUCCGGGUGUUGCAGGUGAAAGAGGAGAACAGGGACCACCUGGAGUGAAUGGUUUCCAGGGAUUACCUGGACCCCCAGGCCCUCCUGGAGAGUCAGGAAAACCAGGUGAUCUGGGUAUCCCUGGAGAGGGAGGUGCUGUUGGCCAGAUUGGACCAAGGGGAGAGCGUGGAAUCCCAGGGGAGAGAGGAGAACUCGGACCUCACGGUUUGGCUGGAGCCAAGGGAAUCCCUGGAGCACCAGGACCCGAUGGACCAAAGGGUAGUCCUGGUCCUACUGGUAGUCUUGGUGACCUAGGCCCUCCUGGUCUUCAGGGGAUGCCUGGCGAGAGAGGGAUCUCUGGUUCUCCUGGGCCUAAAGGUGACAGAGGGUCUGGUGGAGAGAAGGGAUCAGAAGGUACACCUGGAAAUGAUGGCGCAAGAGGUCUUCCUGGUCCUCUCGGCCCACCCGGACCCAAUGGACCUAGCGGUGAAAAAGGAGAAGCUGGUCCUAAAGGCCCUCCCGGGCCUCAUGGAUCAAGAGCUAUGCCUGGACCCCGUGGUGAACCUGGUCCUAUUGGUCCUGUUGGGUUUGGUGGACCCCCCGGUCCCGAUGGUCAACCAGGGGUCAAGGGGGAGCCUGGAGAGCCUGGUCAGAAGGGUGAUGCUGGUUCUCCAGGGCCUCAGGGCUUGGCUGGAUCGCAUGGACCUCCUGGUAUUGUCGGUGUGGCUGGACUGAAGGGUGGAAGAGGAACCCAGGGUGCACCUGGCCCCACUGGUUUCCCUGGAUCUGCAGGCAGGGUUGGACCACCAGGCUCAACUGGUCCCGUUGGAGAGGCCGGACCCCUUGGUCCCCCUGGGAAGGAGGGUCCUCCUGGCCUUCGUGGAGAGAACGGAUCCCCUGGGAGACAAGGAGAAAGCGGCCCCCCAGGACCAGCCGGAGGCUCAGGAGACAAAGGAGACUCUGGGGAAGACGGACCCACGGGUCCUGAUGGACCUCCAGGUCCCGCCGGAACAACAGGACAGAGAGGCAUUGUGGGUCUUCCUGGUCAGAGGGGAGAGCGUGGAAUGCUGGGACUUCCAGGACCAGCGGGUCCUCCAGGAAAACAGGGGACUGCAGGACCUGGGGGAGACAAAGGCCCCCCUGGCCCGGUCGGUUCUCCUGGUGCCAACGGACCUCGUGGUGAUCCUGGUCCCGAUGGUCCUGCUGGAUCUGAUGGGCCGCCAGGCAAAGAUGGAGUCAUUGGUCAAAGGGGAGAUCGAGGGGACCAUGGUCCAGAGGGUCUGGUUGGGACCCCAGGACAACCAGGAACUCCAGGUCCAGUCGGUGCCACCGGGGAUUCUGGAAAGAGAGGAGACGCUGGUUCCAGAGGACCAAACGGUCCACCCGGUUCAGCAGGAAAGAGAGGGUUAACGGGACCACAAGGACCAAUGGGUGAUAAGGGUGACCUCGGAGACCAUGGAGAGAGGGGACAGAAAGGACACAGAGGUUUCACCGGUUUGCAGGGUCUACCUGGUCCACCUGGUACAACAGGAGAGCAGGGAGCAUCAGGAAUCGUCGGACCAAGCGGCCAAAGAGGACCCCCUGGACCAGUUGGACCCCCAGGAAAAGAAGGGUACAUCGGACAGCCUGGACCAAUGGGACCUCCUGGAACCCGUGGAAUUAGUGGCGAUAUCGGACCUGAGGGACCUCCUGGAGAGCCUGGUCCCAAUGGUCCUCCCGGGCCUCCCGGACCCCCCACGGCUGCCAUGGAUGACCUAUUUGGCGGCAUGCACGACUAUGAUGCUGCCCCCCCCCCUCCAGAGUUCAACGAGGAUGAGGCUCUGCCCAACAGCAAUGCCACUCAGCAGCUGGACCCAGGUGUUCAGGCCACUCUGAAGGCCCUCAGCAGCCAGAUCGACAGCAUGAAAAGCCCAGACGGCAGCAGGAAGCACCCGGCCAGGACCUGUGAGGACUUGAAGCAGUGCUACCCACUGAAGAAAAGCGGUGAAUACUGGGUUGAUCCAAACCAAGGAAGCUCAGAGGAUGCUAUCAAAGUACAUUGUAAUAUGGAGACUGGAGAGACCUGCAUCUCGGCUAACCCCGCCAGCAUACCUAAGAAAGUAUGGUGGAGUACCUCAAGGAAUAAGCCUGUGUGGUUUGGAGCUGAUAUCAAUAGAGGAACAAAAUUCACCUAUGGUAACAAAGAUCAGCCUGCCAACUCGGUCACCAUCCAGAUGACAUUCAUCCGUCUGCUCUCCAAAGAGGCUUCUCAGACCAUCACCUACCACUGCAAGAACACAGUGGGCUACAAGGAUGAGGCGACUGGGAACCUAAAGAAAGCAGUCAUCCUCAAGGGGUCGAAUGACCUGGAGCUCAAGGCAGAGGGAAACAACCGCUUCAGAUACACCGUGGUGGAGGACAGUUGUGGACAAUCCAAUGGUAACUGGGGCAAGACAGUGUUUGAGUACAGGACACAGAAAACAGCCAGACUUCCCAUCAUGGAUAUGGCCCCUGUGGACAUUGGUGGUUCCAAUCAGGAGUUUGGUAUCAAUAUUGGGCCGGUUUGCUUCCUAUAAAUUCCAACAACAACAGGGACGUAUUGAAGAGAAUCCAGAGACUCUUGAACUGACAGCUGACGCGAUCAGCCUUGUACAUACAAGUACUGGUGGACUAUUCUCGCCCCGUAGCAAGAUAUUUAUUGUGCCUUUCCAACCAUUACCCAUCAUAGUCGAUAUGUUUUCGCCCUAUGUACGUUAGAUGAAUGUUUGGGAGAAAUAAAGAGCGAGCAAGCAACAUUUAGAAACUUUGCUUGCACUUGAGAAAUAUAGUAUGAGCAUGUUUCAUCUGUAAUUACAUUUAGUUUAUGCCAAGGUAAAAAGAUCCAAUGUAUUGAUACAAUAUUAGAUUUUAUGGAACAAAGAUAAAAAGCUGCCAAAGGUCCUUGAUAAAUAUGAAUGCUUAAAAAAAGAGUCAUUAACUGCUGUUUGUAAGAUGAGAGCAACAUUCUGCAAGAAUAUACCUACAACGGUUUAUUCCAAAGUGUUUUCAAUGUCAAAUGAACGUUUACGGUGCUAUUGAGGAAAUUAAUUCAGAUAAAUGCUUUCAUUGCCAUACAUUGCUGUUUUUUCUUUCCAGAACUUAAAGACAGUUUAAUACAACUGAUGUCUGUAUCCAAGUUAUCAACUCUGUACUGACUCCAUUGAAUACAAAUGAAAGAUCGAACCAGACUGUCGAUUUCUCCGUGUCAGCUACCUCGUCGCCACAAACUGGGAUGCCACAGGUUUGGUGCUGUCUUUUCACAGGUUUGGUGCUGUCUGUAAGUGGUGAUCAUGUGCUUCUCUCCCAACUACGGUACAGGGCAGGGUUUGCGGCUACCAAUAAAAAUGGAGAGGUAGAAUCAGUGUCUCGUGAAAAGUGUGUGGUGAUUGUGAAAGAAGAAUUUCCUUUUUUUAAUUAAUUAGUGUUGUUUUUCAUUCGUGAUAAUUUCAACACUUUGAAUGUGUUAUAUUUUAAAUUCAUGAUAAUUUUAACACUACAAGUGUGUAAUGUUUUUUCUGCAUGUUGCCCUUUAAGUCACUUUCUCUUAGUUAUAUUUUAUAGCAGCUUUUGAGACAUUGAAUAAGAUGACCUUGAAAGCCUAUUUGCUUCAUGUAUUUUUGCUGUGCAACAAAUUAAACAAAAUGCUUGUCUAUUCCCAAAGCUCUUUUUUGUCAUAUUAAUUAGCUAAGGUCCUACUUUUUAGGUAAAGCUGUGCCUUACUGCAUUUACUAAGUUUGUUUGUUUGCACAGAGAUAAAUUAAAUAUUGCCAAAGGCAGAUUACAUGUGGAUUGAACAUUUAUUUAGCUUUGUAAUUAUAAAUGUAUUAUGUUCCAUUGUCUUGUUGCUUUAUGUCUCUUUUUAGUUACGUUUUUCCUAAAUCAACUUUCUGAUUUCUUUGUUUGAGGUAACUUACCAUAAUGAUAGUAUUUAUUAAAUAUUUCAAAACUGUAAAUAUUCUGGAGGCUGAUAGGUCCGUCUCCGAGGCAGAUCAAUAAGAUAAUCUAUCCUGGAAUCAAGUCAGUUUCAUCCACUGAAAUAAAUAUUGAAAUGUU